AUGAACCGAGUACUUGUGCGUUGUAUGACCGCGAGCUGGCCCAGUGCAUUGCGGCAACGGACGCCGAGUCUGUUCCGUCGGGUCGCGGGGCCCGCUGGAGAGCUCGUGCAAAUGGCUCCACAGGCGGCACACGAUCGAGGUAGGCGAUUGUUGGCGAGUGCAGCUGGGACGUUUCCAGCGGAUCGGAAGUACAUGAAGUCCCACGAAUGGGUCAAGGUUGAGAACGGCACCGGGACGGUUGGCAUCACGAGUCACGCUGCAAGCCAGCUCGGUGAUAUCGUUUUCGUGGAUCUUCCAGCAAUCGGCUCGCAGCUUGAGAAAGGAGCGACGUUCGGGGCCGUGGAGUCUGUCAAGGCUGCGAGCGACGUGUAUUCCCCUGUGAGCGGCGAGGUGGUUGAAGUCAACGCGGUGCUGAGUGAGGACCCCGCCCAGGUGAACAAAGACCCGCAUGAUGCUGGCUGGAUGAUCAAAGUACGGGUGAGCAAUGCCGAUGAGCUUCAGGAUUUGAUGGAUGCGAAGGCGUAUGAGGAGCAUGUGGCAUCCGAGCAUCACUAG